AUGCGCUCGGUUGUAGUCGCGCGACACGAGACCCGCAGCAGGGCUACCUCCUUGCUCGAUAGGGCGAGUAGCGGCCUCUGGGGCAGCCAAGGAGGUCUUUUCACGCACCACGCCAAGGGGGGCCACCUUCGAACAACAGCUUCAGCAACAACCAAGGCCAGGGCCAGCAGCCGCUUGCUGAGUACCGCGGCUGCGGCUGCAACGAGAACUUUGAACGACGACGCGCUGUUCGCCAGGGAGGCGCACAGGUGGGACCCCCAGGUGCCCAUUGAGCGGGCCACCACGCCUCCCGCCUCGUGGUAUACAAGCCCCGAGGUCUUUAGAAGAGAGGCGCCCCUCGUCUUCCACCGCGGCUGGCAGCAAGUGGGGAGGACUGAGCAGGUGAAGGACGCUGGGCAGUACUUCACUGGCGAGUUGCUGGGGGAGCCCUACGUAGUGGUGCGGGACCAAGAGGGGCAACUGCGCGCCUUCUUCAACGUGUGCCGUCACCACGCCUCCAAAGUUGCCACGGGCGAAGGCUGCAAGAGCGAGCUCGUGUGCCCCUACCACGGGUGGACGUACCAGCUCGAUGGAAGGCUGCGAGUCGCGCCUCGAGUGGGUGGUAUCAAAGAAUUCAAGCCCAAGGAAAAUGGGCUGGUGCCGAUCCAGGUCAUCGAGUGGGGAAGGUGGAUCUUUAUCAACAUUGAUUCAUCUUCCGACACGGAUCUGCACGAGGAACUGAAACCACUAGAGGACGUCCUGGAAAGCACGCAGUACCGCAAGUUGGAGUACAUGUGCACGCGAAACUACAAAGUGAAGUCAAACUGGAAGGUGUAUGUGGAUAACUAUCUCGACGGCGGCUACCACGUGUCAGUUUUGCACAAGACGCUCAACGCUCAGCUGGACGCAAGCCAGUACUCUACCCAGGUGCACGGCAGAUGGUCCCUUCAGAGCUGCCAAGGGACAAACAACCAGAUGGAGGAGCAGCUGUUGCAAGAGCGAGUGGGGAAGCAGGGCGCCCACUAUGCCUUCCUGUACCCCAACUUUAUGAUCAAUCGCUACGGCAACCUCAUGGAUACCAAUCGGGCUAUACCCAUAUCUGUGGACGAAACGUUGGUCCAGUUCGACUACUUCAUGCUCAAGGAUGGCGAUACCGAUCAGGAGAACCAAACGAAGAAGGAGAUGGUAAAGGCGCUGCCAGAGUCGCUGGAGGCCAGCAUCCGCAUCAGCGACGGGAUCCAGGACGAAGACGCCUGGGUCUCGGAGAUGGUGCAGCAGGGCCUCAACUCGCGAGCCUACGACGUCGGCCGGUACGCGCCGCAGGUGGAGACCGCCGCCUACGCCUUCCACCAGCUCCUGGCCUCUGACUUCCGCCAUGGCCUGCAACCAUCACAGUGA